GAGGGAGGAGGGCCUGGGGUUCUGGGCUCCUGAGUCCAGGGGAAGCAGGAAGAGUAGGCGCCCAAAUGUCUGAUUAGCAACAGGGAAGGAAACCCAAAAGUUGAGGGUUGUUAUGUGGAACAGAGAAAGGAUCAGAGUAGAGGAAGCAAUUGCUUUCAGGGGGGAGGUUCAUCGGUUGGAGAUUUUGACACCAAGGUCUCCCUUCCCACCCUGUGCCAGCUCACUGGGGAAUUCCAGCAGCUGGCCUGGAGGAAGGGAGAGGGGAAGGCAAGUGACAGGAGGAGGCAGGUCACCACAGCCCCAUACCCAGCAGCUUAAGGACAGAAACUGCACCCAGAAAGGAGUCUGACCUGUGGGCCUGGCUUCUGGGGCCUCAGAGGAGAUAAGAGCUAGGAGGCUGGACCCCAGGGGCUAGAAACCAAUGCAGGAAUUCUAGAAGCGACUGGGACUGCUGGGUCCCCAAGGGAAGAAGGGUAGAGAGAGCUAGAGGCUCAGCAUCUGGGUCCUGGUAAGGACAAGGGCUGGGGUCUCGGACUUUGAACUUAUAAAGCUGAAGGAAGGAAGUUGGGGGCCCCUUGAAGCUAACUAAGGUGCUGCCUGCUAGGUUCUGAGUGGGGAAGUGGCGGUUUGGGGGUGAGGUCCCGAAGAAAGUGGCGGGUCAGAGGGUCAGACGGCCCGACUGCUCUGCAGCUUGGACUUUGGCUCUGCCACGACACCGCCCAAGCCCUACCCCACGUCCCCCCUCCUUUUCCAACCUCUCCCACAGCCCCAGGCCCAGGACUGGGAGAGCGGGAGGGAGAAAAUUCGGACAGAGCCCGGCAUGUGGGGUUACCUGUCCCUGCUGCCUGCCUUCCUGGCCCUUUGGGCUACUGCUGGAGUCUGGACCGUUUUUGCCCUUGCCGUGACCAACAGGUCUGUGAACCUCACCGAAGGUUUCCCCUAUAUCAGCCUCUGUGGAUCUUACCCCCCUCAGAGCUGCAUCUUCAGCCAGCUGCUGAACAUGGGAGCUGCUAUGGCCGCCUGGAUCUGCAUUAUCCGUUACCACCAGCUCCGGGACUGGGGAGUCGGAAAAUGGUUUAACCAGCUGAUCCUGUGGACGGGGCUCCUGUGUGCCUUGGGCACCUCCGUGGUGGGCAAUUUCCAGCAAAAGAACCAGCUGCCCACGCACCUGAUAGGGGCCUUCUUCGCCUUAUUCGUGGGCAACCUCUACUUCUGGCUGCAGCUUUUUCUCUUCUGGCGGAUGAGGAGCCUGCCCCAGCCUGGGGCCCCCUGGAUCAGACUGCUCCGCCUGGGCCUCUGCAGCCUCUGCACCAUCCUCAUGGUGGCCAUGGUCAUCCUCCAUUCCUGGCCGCUGCGCUCGGCCUCCGCUGCGUGCGAGUGGGCCAUCGCCACACUGCUGUUCGCGCUCUUCGGCCUGUUUGCUGUGGAUUUUUCCUGCCUGGACGGCUGCACCCUGUGUCUCCAGCCGGGCCCCAGCCUCAGCCCCCCGCCGGCCUCCCCCAUCUCCCUGCAGAUCCCCCUGUGAACGGCAGUCCGGGCGGGGUGGUCUGGUCCCGGUGCUGCUGCUAGGGCCACCCAGGAAGUGAGAGGCCAAGGCCAGCCAGCCAUCCCU